AUGGGCUCCAAUUCGGGGGGAAAAGAAACAAAAGACUCUAUAAAAGCAGAUAGGGUUACAGAGUGGAUAAGUCAGUUAACUCUCGAGGAGAAAGUCAGCCUCCUCUCUGGGUCAAACUUUGUGGCUGCCACCGGCGUCCCCCGUCUAGGGAUUCCGGGCCUUAAACUAGUUGACAGUGUCAAUGGCGUUAAGGGUUCCUCUCACAUCAACGGAAGCACCACCCUCUGUUUCCCAAGUACCACAUGCUUAGGCGCAACAUGGAACGUCGAGUUGAUGGAGAAGCUAGGCGAUGAAUUGGCAGUCCAAGCAAAACAGAAAGGUGCAUCUGUCAUUCUCGGCCCAACGGUCAAUAUCCACAGAGAUCCACGAGGGGGGCGGAAUUUUGAAUGUUUUAGCGAAGAUCCUUUAUUAACAGGCAAGCUGGCCGCUGCCCUUGUCACAGGCAUUCAGAGAGGAGGGGUAGCGGCGUGCCCAAAACAUUUCAUUGGCAAUGAUAGCGAGACUAAACGCCGCUUUUAUUCUGUUAAGACUUCGACGGACGGCAGGGCAAUGCGGGAGAUCUAUCUAGCUGCUUUUGAGCACUUGAUAAGGGAUUCUGAUCCAAUGGCGACUAUGACGGCAUACAACAAAGUUCAAGCCAACAAUAAGGAGAGCCCUUUAUUUUGCAGCGAGAGUCCCAUAAUUCAACAGAUCCUGCGCGACGAAUGGAACUACCGAGGAUGUGUUAUUUCAGACUGGUAUGGAACGCGAUCCGGACUCCCUACACUUGAAGCCAAUCUAGACCUGGAGAUGCCCGGGCCCUCGGUGUUUCGGGGAGAAAAGCUCAUCCAAGAGGUGAGAGAAGGUAAUAUUACCAAGGAAUUUAUCGAAAAACGAGUCAGGAAUAUUUUGACCUUAAUUGAAAAAACGUUGGAUACCGAUCUACAUGCGGACGAAAAAUCAAUGAUGGGCGAUAAAGCAAAUCUGUUGGCCCGUACAAUCGCCUUCGAGGGAAUAGUGUUAUUGAAGAACGAAGAAAAGACUCUACCGUUAAAUUUUGACAAAAAGUGGGAUGGAAAAGUUGCAAUCAUUGGCCCAGCAGCAUUAAAUCCCCCAGUAGGGGGUGGCGGUAGUGCCAAAACACCACCACAAUAUACACAACGACCACUGGGUUGCCUUCGGGCAUCCCAUCCAACUCCAUCGAAUGUACAACACUCUGUUGGGUUUAGAGACCAUCAGACCAUACCCUCGAUACCGCUUUCCAUCACCCGUGCUAGAAACGGAGAGGAGGGAAUGGAUAUAUCUUAUUUCACCCAAGACCAGGCGAACACAGUUCUACAGGAGUUCCAACCGACAAUGCAAACUGCAAUGAUUGGCUAUCUGAAACCUCCCUUGACCCAGGAAACAUUCUCAGAAUACGUGAUCUCCACGACAAUCAGACCUAGCACAACUGGAUCGCAUACCGUUGCAAUCCAAGCAACAGGCUCUUUCGAGCUUCUCGUGGACAAGAAGCUUGUGCUCUCGGGCGAAAUGUGGCCUCCUCCAAGCGUUGAAGACUUCCUCUUCAUCCCGCAGGCACUCGAACGAUCAUGUACCGUCCGGAUGGUUGCUAGGCACGAGUACUUCAUCCAAGCCAUAGUCCAGCCCUUCAAGCCCUUCGAAGAGACGGGGGAACCGAGGAUUCAUGGUGCAAAGUUAUGUUUCAUGGAAGAAUAUUCCGGGGAGGCCUUGCGGGACGGCGCUGUAAAUUUAGCAUCUGAGUCUGAAAUUUCUAUAAUUUUCGCGGGACGCAAUGCGGAGAUGGAGAGUGAAGGAUUUGAUUUGACGUCGAUUCAUCUUCCAGAUAACCAGGAGAAGCUGAUAAAAGAGGUUUCCAAAGCGAGUAGGAAGACUGUUUUAGUACUGUUUGGAGGCAAUCCAAUUGAUGUCUCGGAAUACGUGGAUGAUGUGGAUGCAAUUGUCUGGGCUCACUUCCUAGGACAGGAAGGAGGAGAGGCAAUUACGGAUAUCUUGACAGGGAAAGUAUGUCCAAGUGGGAGAUUGACUGUGAGCUGGCCGAAAGCCCUUGAGGAUGUAGGCAGCUUUUCGCACUUUCCCGCUGUUCGGAAUAGCGAUGGCGAUUGGGAGAUUGACUAUGUUGAGGGUUUGAAGGUUGGAUAUAGAAAUGAUGAAUAUGAGUCUCGUUGGCGUUUUGGGUUUGGAUUGUCAUAUACGGCUUUCAAGUAUAGUAACCUGCGAUGUAGUAUAUUUCCUAGAGGCGAUGGAGGAAACCCAGGCGGAGAAUUGGCGAUCGAAGUUGACGUUACGAACACUGGAGAAGUGAGAGGCCAGGAGGUUGUUCAGGUAUAUAUUGAGGAUCCUGAGGCGUCCAUGUGGAGGCCGAAGGAGGAGCUCAAAGCAUUCCAGAAAGUGAGCUUGAAUGCAGGGGAACGUCAGACUGUGAAAUUGAUGAUCGAUCAAAGGAUUGCUUUUAGUUUUUGGGAUGAUAGGAUCCCGGAGGAGGCAUGUUGGAGAGUGGAGCCUGGGGGCUUUAGAAUUCGAGUUGAAGAUUUGGCCGAAACUGUGACACUGGACGCUGGGUUCACUUGA